CGUUUAUGCGCGCGUCUGCCGGCGCGGGAUUAGAACCCAGCUCCGGCGGGCGCCUGGGCCCGGGCUUGAGCCCCUGCCCAUCUCCGGAGUCGGUGGAUCGAAGAUGGAGUUCGUUCUCCUGAUGGCCUGUCCUCUUCUUCCACAGACCAGAGAAGAAGGCCCCUCGGCUGGGUUGGUCCUAGGUGGAGCCUGGGAAAAAAUCCUGUGGCUCCAGGAUGCCGAGUGAGAACUGGGUGAAGAAGGAAAGCUCUUCCUCAUCGUUGCUGCCAACCUGGAUUGAGCGUCCGCCCUAAGCCCAGAAAAUCGUCGACUCAAUCGGCCGAACCCCAGGAAGCCGAGACUUAAAAUCAGGACAGGCCCUCAGAACGACAAGGAUCUCACGUGAACCACGCCGAAGAUCGGAUUAAGCAGAGCGGUAAGGUCAUCCAUCACUACUAAAAUCCAUAAGGCUCUAUGCCACUUUCACCGGAGGGGAAGUUCUUACGGCACUCGAGUCAUCCAAAUGCCAGACUCAUGGCAGAUAUUCCUUUGAAAAGCUCUGCCGUCACCCUCACCAGGAGGAGUGACCCGGGGGGCCCUGGACUCACCCAACCUGCUGCUGGAAUUGAAUUUGGUAGUAGAGGAAGCCCAGCCUGUUCCAUGGGCACCGGCACGAGCAGGCUGUACACCACCCUGUCCAAGACGCUGGGCCCCGGGCCCGGGCCCGGCCCCGGCCCGCAGCGCGCCGGCUACCUGGCGGUGGACCCGGGGCUGGCGGACCCCCUGGACCCCCAGGAGGUCCUGGAGGAGUGCCGGGCGGUGCUGCGGGCCCGGCCCCCUCGCUUCCAGCGGGACUUCGUGGACCUGAGGACCGACCCCACCGGCAGCCGCCGCCCCAUCCGGGUCAUGCAGUGGAACAUCCUCGCGCAAGCCCUCGGGGAAGGCAAGGACGACUUCGUGCAGUGCCCGGCGGAAGCGCUGAAGUGGGAAGAGAGGAAGUGCCUCAUCCUGGAGGAGAUCCUGGGCUACCGGCCGGACAUCCUGUGCCUGCAGGAGGUGGACCACUACUUCGACACCUUCCAGCCCCUGCUGAGCCGCCUGGGCUACCGGGGCACCUUCUUCCCCAAGCCGUGGUCGCCCUGCCUGGACGUGGAGCACAACAACGGGCCGGACGGCUGCGCCCUGUUCUUCCUGCGGGACCGCUUCGAGCUGGUGGACAGCACCAACAUCCGGCUGAUGGCCCUGACGCGGCAGACGAACCAGGUGGCCAUCGCCCAGACCCUGCGCUGCCAGGAGACGGGCCGGCUGUUCUGCGUGGCCGUGACCCACCUGAAGGCCCGCACGGGCUGGGAGCGGCUCCGCUCGGCCCAGGGCUCCGACCUGCUGCGCAACCUGCGGGCCAUCACGCGGGGGGCCGAGAUCCCCCUCAUCGUCUGCGGGGACUUCAACGCGGAGCCCACGGAGGAGGUCUACCGGCACUUCGCCACCUCCAGCCUCCACCUGGACAGCGCCUACAAGCUGCUCAGCUCCGACGGGCAGACGGAGCCCCCCUACACCACCUGGAAGGUGCGGGCCUCGGGCGAGGCCCGCCACACGCUCGACUACAUCUGGUACUCGCAGCGCGCCCUGCGCGUGGAGUCCGCCCUGGGCCUGCUCACCGAGGAGCAGAUCGGCCCCAACCGGCUCCCGUCCCUCCAUUACCCCUCAGACCACCUCUCCCUGGUCUGCGACUUCGGCUUCGGCGAGGCCCCGGCCCCGGCCCCGGCCGGGGAAGCCUGAGGGAACCGCGGUCAGGGACGGGGGGCCCGCGGGGGGGCCCGG